UACGCACGUAUGUCUGUUCUUAGCUCGCACAUCGUGUUGUGCGUGAAGUGACAAAAGCAAACAUCAUAACAAAAUCGUUCUUACGUAAAUUUCGCUUCAGUUUUUAGUGUUUUUUCUAUAAAUUUAUUGGAUAAAAUGGCUCUAGUUCGAUCGUUUCAAAUGCUAUUCCCGCUGGCGAUGCCCAAAUCGUACAUGCUGACAGCCGGCAACAGUUUUAUCAACACCGCUCUGGCACCCACUCCAGCUGUCGGGGGCGCUUGGUCUACCCUGUCCGCCAGAACCGUAAUACGGAAUCAGUUCCCCCGGGCGAGGGAAACCAAGCGGGUCCGUGUACAUGGCUGGUGGAAACGUUUGGCCACUCCGGAAGGACGGCGAACUUUGAUGCGAAGGAUUCUGAAGGGACGUCACGUUUUGUCGCAUUGAUUGGGGGUUGGUUCGAAUCGAUUGAAGGUAAAUAUAAUGGUAAACAAUU